AAAAAAUCCCUUUUGCACAAGGGAGCUGGAUCAGAGGCAGGAGCAGCCGCUGCCUUCUCCGCUUGGACGCUUGCUUGGAGGGUGUCUGGGGGUGCAUGGAAGAAUGCUCUGUGUUGGGGAAGCACCACUGUAGGAUACUGACAGCUUCUUGGCUACUCUUCUGAGCUCUUAGAGGUGGAACAAGGAGGAGCUAUCUGUUGGUGUGACCUUGUAAGCACCAGCUAAGACUAUUAUGCUAUGCAAAGAUGAAUAAUGAAUUUAGAAGCCCCAAGCUCUCAUUGAAAAACAGAAUCCAGAGAAAUAUGUCAAACUGGGGAGCUGAAUGAACAGAAAUUCCAAGAAGGAAAAGAAAGAGAGAAAGAAACCCAUAGAAGAUAAGGGGAGCUAGAUUUUUGCCAUACUUGCUUAGGAAGAUUAUGGAUAGACACCAAGUGUUAUAUUUACACUCCAUGAGCACAGUCCUCUUGGUGCUUAUUUGGACUGGCAUCUCAGAAGCUCAGAAGGAUUGCACAGGUGUGGAGUGUAAACAGCUGGAAAAUUGCAUUGAAGAAGUGCUUGAGCCAGAUGACUGCUGUGCUUCCUGUCUACAGCAUGGGUGCACCUGUGAGGGUUACCAGUACUAUGACUGUGUCAAUGUAGGAUUUAUCAAUGGCAAAGUCCCCGAAGGGCAGUCUUAUUUUGUCGAUUUUGGAAGCACGGAAUGCUCAUGUCCCAAAGGAGGAGGCAAGAUCAGCUGCCAAUUUAUGCUUUGUCCAGACCUGCCACCUAACUGCAUUGAUGCUGUGCUGCCAUCAGAUGGGUGCCCUCAGUGUGGAAGAAUAGGCUGUGUACAUGAAGAUCAGAAGUAUGCAGCAGGACAUACUUUCCAUAUGCCACCUUGCAAGGUAUGCCAUUGCCCCAAUGCAGGAGGAGAUCUCAUGUGCUAUCAGCUCCCAGACUGUAAUGAAUCCACAUUAAAUUCCCACAAGCCUUCUGAUGCUGGAGAAGCUGAAUCAGAGAGACACUAUGACGAUCCCUACAGUUAUGAUCAGGAAGCACCAGAGGGAGACACCCUUCAGGUGGAACCUCCUAAAAAGUACUACAGUUACUCAGCACAUACAGAACAAGAGAGCCUUGGCCAAGAGCAGAGUGAAGAUUAUGACUAUCUUGCAAACAGUGUUACUUCCCCUUCCAUAACCCAUCCAGUUUCUUACCCAACUGCUGUUUCACUGACAAGCACAAAUGUCCCCACCAUGCACCAGUCUGAAGAUAGUCAAACCACUGAAAAAAAGGAGGAAAGGAUUUAUAUAAGUACAGUGUCAACACCCAAAGGGCAGCAGACACAUUAUAAAAUCACCACUGCUAAGAGCAUCGUAAAAGGGAAAAAAGCUGCAGUUACCACUGAGAUACCCAGAUAUAUGGCAGAAGGUGAGGGGAAGCACCUUGCCCACCGAGAGAUAAAUGAGCAAGAAGAGAAUGCCCGAUUUAGAAUCAAAAUGAAUAUGAAAAAAGACAACAAACAGAAGGAGAACAAAUUAUCGGUCUUAAAAGAGGCCAAUAGUACUCAGUUCCCUGGGCUAAACACUUUGCAGGAGAAAGGAGAUGAUUUCCCGCAAGUCAAAUUUAAUCCAACACCACCAUCUUUUAUUGCUUUGAGAGAAGACAACAACCGGAUAUCACAAAAACAGUCUCAGACACUUUAUCAUUACCAGCCUGAUGAAGACGUAGAUCCCAAUUCUGUUCAUACUUCCUCCAAAUUGCCACAAGGUUCAACAAAAGAUUUAAUUGAAACAUGCUGUGCUGCUGGACAACAGUGGGCUAUUGACAACAGUGAAUGUACAGAAAUCCCAGUAAGUGGAACUGAUGGUGAUAUUUGCAGAAUUGCUCAGAAGCAGUGUUGUGUCUCGUAUUUAAAGGAAAACAGCUGCAUUGCUGGUAUGAUUGCUGCCAGAGAAGGUGAUUUGUGUGGACCAGAUGAAAGUGAUACCUGUGGAGGAUCAUUUUAUAAGCAAUGUUGUGAUUGCUGCACAUUGGGUUUACGAGUAAAAAGUGAGGAUCAAAGCUGUGAGCCUAAUCCAAAUCUUGGCUAUCCUUGCAACCACAUGAUGCUUUCCUGCUGUGAAGGAGAAGACCAUCUUAUCCCUCCAGAACUAAAGAAACACCCUGAACCACUGCCAACAGUGACACCAGAGAAACCAGCCAGCUGGGUGGAGAAGAACAGCAGGAGAAAGGUCACUCCAAUAGCAGUUUCAGAGACUGAAGAUCGCAAUGAAGCUUUGUCGAUCAGUAAUGAAGCCGAAUUAUCAAAUAGCUUACCUGGAGAUGACCUGGAUGAGUGCCUUGCCUAUCCUGGAGAGCUCUGUCAACAUCUCUGUAUCAACACAGUGGGAUCCUACAAGUGCUCCUGUUUCCCAAGAUUUACUUUGCAGGACGACGGACUCAGCUGUAAUCCAGAUUUUGAAGAAGGACCCAACACUGCCUUAGGGGACAAAACCACUGUUUUACCAGAAACAUUGAAGAACCCACCUGUGACAGUCAAUGAUUUACAUGAAGAGCAAGAUAGGUGUAAAGAUAAUGGUCCCUGCAAGCACACUUGUAAUAUCGUGGAUGGGAGAAUUGAAUGUUCUUGUUUGCCAGGAUUUGCUCUGAUGUCUGAUGGGGUUUCUUGUGAAGACCUGGAUGAGUGCCUUACGGGUAUUCACAGUUGUUCCAGAAGACAACUAUGUGUGAACACAUUGGGAUCAUUCUACUGUGUCAACCACAGUGUUAUCUGUGCAGAGGGCUUUGUACUCAACAUGCAUAGAAAAUGUGUUGAUAUUAAUGAAUGUGUAACAGAUGCUCAUACCUGUAAGAGAGGGGAACACUGCGUUAACACAAUUGGAUCCUUCACAUGUCUUCAACAACUCAACUGCCAAUCAGGUUAUGAACUUAAGGAUGGUGAAUGUGUUGACAUUGAUGAAUGUGAAAGAAAAACUCACAGCUGCAAGAUAAACUUUGUAUGUCAAAAUACAAAAGGAUCAUUCUACUGUGAAUCAAAGCAACGGUGCAUGGAUGGAUUUUUACAAGAUCCAGAGGGUAAUUGUGUCGAUAUUAAUGAAUGUACAUCACUUUCUGAGCCAUGUAAGGCUGGCUUCAACUGUAUCAAUACAGUUGGGUCUUAUACAUGCCAGCGGAAUCUCUUAAUAUGCAGCAGAGGGUAUCAUUCAAGUGAAGAUGGGACCAGAUGUGUUGAUGUUGAUGAAUGUCAGACUGGCAUUCAUCGCUGUGGAGAGGGACAGAUUUGUCACAAUCUACCUGGAGCUUACCGCUGUGACUGCAAGAUGGGAUAUCAGUAUGAUUCAUUCAGCAGAACUUGCAUUGAUAUAAAUGAAUGUUGGAAUUAUCCAGGCCGACUGUGUCAACACUCAUGUGAAAAUACUCCUGGGUCCUAUCAUUGUUCCUGUUCUUCUGGUUUUCGUUUGGCGUAUGAUGGGAAACACUGUGAAGAUGUUAAUGAAUGUGACAACAAUCCAUGCAGUCAGGAAUGUGCUAAUAUUUAUGGUUCCUAUCAGUGUUACUGCAGGCAAGGCUAUCAGUUAGCAGAAGAUGGUCAUUCUUGUAAAGAUAUUGAUGAAUGUGCCCAAAGUGCAGGUAUUCUGUGCACUUUCCGUUGCCUCAAUGUGCCUGGAAGUUAUCAAUGUGCUUGUCCUGACCAAGGCUAUACAAUGUCAGCAAAUGGAAGGACCUGUCGAGAUAUUGAUGAAUGUGCAAUGGGAACCCACAAUUGUUCAUCAUCAGAGUCUUGUUAUAAUGUUCAAGGCAGCUUCCGAUGUCUCUUAUUUGAGUGCCCACCAAACUACAGAAAAGUGUCUGACAUGAGAUGUGAGCGUAUCAACUGCUUCAGCUAUCUGGAUUGCCAAAACACUCCAUUGCGAAUCACUUACUAUCAGCUUAACUUCCAAACUAACAUUGUUGUCCCAGCUCAUAUUUUCCGAAUUGGUCCCUCGCCUGCUUAUGCUGGAGACAACAUAAUCCUUACAAUCAACAAAGGAAAUGAAGAGAACUACUUCAGCACCAGAAAGCUGAAUUCUUACACAGGCAUCGUUUACCUUCAGCGACAAGUGAAGGAACCCAAAGACUUUUUGUUAGAUGUUGAAAUGAAGCUUUGGCGUCAAGGGACAUACACAACUUUUCUGGCCAAAAUUUAUAUCUUCAUCACUUCUCAUGCAUAUUGAGGCAGAGGUACUGCCAUUGGUAUUAACUGGUGCUAUGGCUUUGUAACCUUUGAACAAAGUUUAUGAUGACAAUAUAAAAUCUAUAUCUAGCUUCUUUUAUUAUUUUUAAGCUUUGUUUUUUUGUAAAAAUAACUUAAAAUAUAUUAAUCCUUUUUUUUUUUGUUCACUUUGGAUUUCUAAAUGAGAAAAAUAAGGUUUUGACCUUUAAAGCAAAUGUAUGUACAGUAUUUGCCCUGUCUUCUAAAACUUUCUUAUAGAACUGCACCAGGGAUGACUUCAGAAUUAUUUGCAUAGGGUGGAGGCAUGAUCUGCCUGAGCUUAAGCCAUUUUAAGGCUGAAAUUCUGUAUAAAGAUAUACUUCACUUAGCAAAGUACAGUAGAUAUGUUCUUGAACAUUACUACUUUAAUGGAAUAUUUGGUACCAGAGGUAGAAGUAACAUGGAAAGAAUAAGGAUAGGUUCCUACACCACAAAAAAGUACAGUAGGCAAACAUGUUUCAGCAGACAUUUUUUUCAGAACUAAUUGUAUGUACAUAUGAAAUGAAAUAACUAGUCCAGGUAAGCCUUGCAUAAAUAAACAAAAACAUUUUGGACCUUUUGAAGACCACUUGAAGGCUGCUUCCAAAAUGCAUCCAGGGUUUACUUAUUCUUUCACCAGCCUCCACUUUACUUAUGAUUUUGUUUUGGUUGCCAGGCAUAGAGCUUUCUUAACAUGCUGGGGUUGCUGCAACACAAGCUUAUGUGUUCAGUCCUUUUCUCUCUGUUUUGGAUUCUUGAAACAGCUGCUAUUUACAUUGCCUAUUGUAGCUUAAGCUUUGCUUAUUGCAUUGUUUAGUACAGACUUGUUGCUGCAACCUGACACCAAACAUUGGUGUUUCUUCAACCCUCCUUUGCCAUUCUCCCAGUGCCAAUUCUGCUAAUAAAAAACCAGCUAGACAGGAUAAGAAGGAAAAGAGAUUGGUGGGCAUAAAAGCCUUUGUAAAAAGGUGCUCCACUGUCAAGAGACUUUGUUAACUGAGCUAUGUCUAUACAUUCAUUUGGGAAUAAAUCCCAUUGAGAUGUAUCUCUGUGUAGACCUGCAUGGGGUAGUGACAGUCUUUUGAUUGCUGAGUGUCCUGCUUUGGCCCAAUUAUAAAAGGUUCAGGAGACCUAGGUUUUGUUUUGGUAAAUGGAUACUCCAAGUAUGAAACACCCUUUAAAUCAAUUGUUGGUGUCUGCAGCAAGUCAUGGGGUGAAUUUUUAACUCCAGGAUCCUCUGCCGCACAAACUGCCUAAAAUACCAAAAAAAACCCCAAAGUUGUCAGAAGCCAAUUUCUGGUUUUGAAAAACUGGUGCUUUUUAAAAAAAGCAUUAAACAGUACAGUCCCACCCUGCCUCAACCAUUUAAAUGGUGAAUAGCCUUCCUGACUUCUGGCCCAGACAGAAAUAAAGAUAGAUCUGCCUGUACAGGACCUUAUGUCUUAGGAGAUUUACAUAAGAGACACUUUAUGGGGGCAGCACAGAGUGGUGUGGGGAGUUUGGAGGGGUUGAAGACUACAGAAACACUUUUGAGGUCCACAUGCAGUGCCAGGACCACACUCAUGCUCUAAGAUUACUAUUCAAGAUUUUUUUCUUUUUCCAUUGCACAAUUUAUGCUUAUUAACAUACCCUUCCACUAUCCCAAUCUGGCAAAGACAGACCCAAUUAAUCCUUUGUUGUCCUACUUUUUCAGCUGCUUUUAAAAUGUCCCAGUUUUUCUUGCUUUCUCCCACUUUCCUCCUUUGUCUUCAAAUCACUUCCUUUGGUACAAACUGAGUUCAAACAGCUAUAGUAAUUUGCACUGAAUUAACUCAGUGUGUGGAGAGGAGGCAGGGUGUUGCCCUGCCCAGUAGGCUCAGUCCAAAGCAAACUGCUGCCACUCAUGUGUUCUUGUGUCAUCUUGACCACAUUCUUAUGUUGCUUGGUCACAUGUGCCCAGGUUUUAUCUGUGGAAUAUUGGAUGAUGCAUAUUAAUCUACAAACAUAGACCUCUAUUAUUUGGACUUAAGUUAGGAUCCUAUCACAUGGGGUUAAAAGAGAGGCUUACUUUCUUGAAUUCAGUGCUAAUUCAGGAUGCAGCCAGUUCCUAUCACACAUAAAUUGCCACUGAAUUGCUGCCUGGAUCCAUCCCAGGUGCAGCCUGGGUCGUCUAGGCCACUUCAGCAUCCAUUUUUAGAAGUUGGAAGCUGCAUCUGCGAUGGACCUGGGCAGCGAUUUAUGUCUGAUAGGAACUGGCUGUCUCUCGAAUUAGCACUGAAUUCGGGAAAGGUAAGCUGUUCUUUUAACCUCGUGUGAUAGGGUCCUUAGUUGGACGUUUAUCUCAUUUAGUAACAGUGAACCAUUUUCAUGUCUAAGCUGUGUUGUGCUUUCUUGCAGAAUUUUGCAAUGCAGUUCUGAAGGAACACAAUCAAGGGACUUCUAGGUGCAGACAAGAUGUAUUAUACUUUUUCUAGCAAAUGGCCAAAGAUAAGGUAUGCCAAAGCAAAAAUCUUAAACUGUUAGAAUGUUACAUUGCAUGGCUAUUCAGUUAGAAACUUCAGAUUAAACUUGAAAAGGGUUAUUUUUUCAGAAUAUAUUUUGUGCAUAAAUGAUAUGAUGGAUGUGAGAAACUAAUUGGCAGCUUAUGGGGACCCUAUAUUAACACAAUACUAGUUUUAAAUUGUUUUGUAUUACUUUUAUUUUAUAGAAAACUGGAAUAAGUCCAGCUCCAUGAGCCACAUGAACUAACAUAAUCCGACCUGUGAAAAUUCAUCACUAAACCACAAAAAAUAUUUUGUUAGAGUAAAGUGCCUAGUGCUAAACUUGUAUUGAACAUCCUUUGAUAUGGUUAUACAAAAUCUAUAAAAUGUUGUUGAUUAUAAAACAGCAACAACAUGGUCCUGCACUGGGAGAUGGGAUGCUAAAUUCUGCCCAGGCAGAACUACAUAUCACCUCUCAUCUCCCCUACCUUACAACACACCUGCCUCUUUUUGCUCCUCCUCUUACAUGGCCACAAUGAAGAGUGAGGAACAGUCAAGAAGUGUCUGGUUAUGCCCCUAUGGCUAGAUACCCAGUGAUGAUGCCAUCCUUUGGCACCUCCAGAGGGCCCUCCAGUUGUCCUGGAUGAUACCUUCAAUAUCACGAGUCUGACUAUAAGGACAUAGCCAGAUGUUCCUCAGCUGCCUCAUGCUCUCCUCUGGCUACUACAUGGCCAGGUUAGCAGGGAGAACAAGUGACAAGUGGGUUUUAAGGGAACUGAAGUUGUUGCAUGAGGGAUAUGUUGAAUUCCUCUCUCCAUAAUGACCAAAAAAGACAGACACCAGUGAUACCACUGGAAUAUGUUACUAACAGGACAUCAGCCAUAAUUUCCUAUUGUAGAGUUCAAUCUUUUCACUAUGUUACCAUAGAUCUUAUUUUGUAUAUAAAAAAAGAGAGAUGCCAAGCCAUACGGCCCUUUUAUAUGAGUAGUGUAAAAAGUAUUAUGAAAUGCUACAGUGUUAUGAAAUGUAAAAUACUAAUUUGUACUGUGAUUUAAACUUGUGAAUGCUUCUUAUAUUGAAGUUUAGGGAGAGAUUAGCUGCCAUUGAUUAUUGUGUUCAGUACUAUUUUUGUCAGUGUUUCAGUACACAUUAAAAUUUAAUUGUUGUAGAUGAAGCUA